AUGUCGAUUGAUAAGAGUUGGACUACCUUAGACCCCUUGUCAGAUGAAUUUUGGUAUGGUCUUACUACAUUUAUAGAGAGAUGUAAGAACCACUUGACUAGUAAUGGUUCAUGUCGAUGCCCAUGUGAGUUUUGUGACAACAAUGAAUUCUUACCACUCGAUGAAAUACAAAUGCACAUACAUGAAAAUGGUUUUAGCAAACGUUACAAGAUAUGGAAGUUUCACGGUGAACAAGUCGUUCUACCAGCGCCGAUAUUACAUGUGGAACCUCAAACUACAGACCAGUUGCAUGAUUUUCUUAACGAUGUUCGCCAGGAGAACACUGUCAAUGAACAAACCCCAGUGGGCGAGGAGCCAAUGAACACAACACAAACGACUGAUACAAAAGACGAACUUGAAGAGUUACUCAAAGCUGCUACAACCGAACUAUUCCCUGGCUGUAAAUGGAUGUCUGAGUUGGACUUUUUGGCGAAGUUGAGUAAGUGUAAGGCCAUUAAUAAAUGGACUAAUACGUCAUUCGACCAGUUGCUCGAGAUUCUGAGAUUUGCAUUUCGUUCUGCUAAAAUCCCUAAGAACCACUAUGAAGUUGGAAAGACAAUGAGAAAGGUUGGGUUAGGAUAUGAGUCGAUUGACGUUUGUAAGAAUGACUGUUGUUUAUUUUGGGGAGAAGACAAUAAAGAUUUGCAAUCAUGUCCAGAAUGCAAAGCGAGUAGAUGGAAAGAUGACGACACUAAGGGGAAACUUGUCCCUCACAAGGUGAUGCGUUACUUCCCAUUGACUCCACGCCUAAAGCGUAUGUACAACUCAAGAUACACUGCGCAAUAUAUGACCUGGCAUGCAACUGGACAAUGUACAGAAGAUGGUAAGAUGCGUCACCCGGUGGACGGUACAACAUGGAAAGACUUUGAUAUAAGGUAUCCAGAUUUUGCCAGUGAAUCCAGAAAUGUUAGAUUAGGGUUGGCUGCCGACGGUUUCAAUCCAUUUGGCAACAUGAGUGUCUCCUAUAGCAUGUGGCCGGUGAUAUUGACAACAUAUAAUACUCCCCCUUGGAUGUGCAUGGAAGAGUCUUCGUUCAUGCUCACUUUGUUAAUUCCUGGGCCUAAAUCACCUGGGCAGGACAUGGAUGUUUUUUUGAGGCCAUUAAUUAAAGAGUUGAAAAGUUUAUGGUCUCACGGAGUCAAAACAAACGAUGCCGCCACAAACACUUCUUUCACAAUGCGUGCUAUGCUUUUGUGGACCAUUAAUGAUUUCCCUGCUCGUAGUAGUUUGUCGGGUUGGAGUGGCCAAGGGUACAUGGCAUGCCCUACAUGUAAUGUCGACACUCCAUCUACUCGUGUUAAGGGCAAAACAACUUAUGUUGGUCAUAGAAUAUUCCUUCCAACAAAUCAUCGUUGGAGGAAUAACAAGAAUUUUGAUGGUAAGGUUGAAAAGAGAGAACCUCCAAAAAGAAAAACCAAUGCUGAAAUCUUAGAAGAAGUUAAUAACUUGCCGGUUCGUCCUUCGGGGAAACUUGCGGGUAGGAAGAGAAAACGUGAUCCAAAUGUUGAAUUCAAUUGGAGUAAGCGUUCUAUUUUCUUCGAGCUUGAAUAUUGGUCUUCACUUCAGCUAAAACACAACUUAGAUGUCAUGCAUAUCGAGAAAAAUGUUUGUGAGAGCUUGUUGAAUACUUUGUUGAUGCACAAGGAAAAAUCAAAAGACACUGACAAGGCACGGAGGGUGUUAGAAGAGUGGGGAAUCCGCCUUGAGUUGUGGCUCGUAGAUAAAGGUAAUGGUAAGUUUUUGAAGCCUCAUCCUAAGUACUCGUUUUCAAAUGACGACAGAACUCUCUUUUGUCAAUUCAUUAAGGGAGUUAAAUUACCUGAUGGCUUUGGCUCAAACUUUAAAAAUAAAGUAAUCGACAACGAUAGCAAAAUAGCAGGGUUGAAGUCUCAUGACCAUCAUAUAAUGAUGCAACGGUUGCUUCCGACCGGUGUUCGAGCGUACUUAGACUCUGACAUCUCUACCCCAAUAAUUGAGCUUUGCUACUUCUUUAAGCAACUUUGUGCUCGAACCUUGAUGGUAUCUGACAUGGAAAAAGCUAAAGAAAAGCUCAUCCAAAUUUUGUGUCAUUUCGAGCUAAUAUUUCCUCCGUCAUUUUUUGACAUAAUGAUUCAUCUGGUUAUGCAUUUGCCCGAAGAGGCCAUUCAAGGUGGGCCUGUUUACAUGUGGUGGAUGUAUCCAUUUGAAAGAUACAUGAAAAAGUUGAAGAAUUAUGUCAGAAAUAAAGCGAGGCCUGAGGGUUCUAUUGCUGAGGGAUAUGUUGCAGACGAAGCCGCCACUUUUUGUUCAAGGUAUCUAGAUGGUGUACAAACAAGAUUUAAUCGGCCAGAAAGAAAUGAGGAUGCUCCGAUCCCCACUCGUGACUUUUUUGUUUUCAAAUCCUUAUGUACACCUAUUAGUAAAGGUGUUGAUACGCAGUUGGAUCCCAAACUAAAGACGAAGAUAGAUUGGUUUGUUCUUAACAAUAGUUCGGAGAUCGAUGAAUACAAGAAUGAAUUUACCAAUCUAAUGCCGCCUGGGACUAAUUUACAAACAACGUUUCCUGGCUGGUUUAGUGACAAGAUCAAAUGUAUGCGAGUAAAUGACGAAUCUAGCGUAAGUGAUGAGUUAUUUGCUUUGGCGAAUGGACCAACAAGUGUAAACUCAUACACGGCUUGCAUAGUUAACGGUGUGAGGUUCGUGGUUGAAAGUCGAGACUCACGCCGAACAACUCAGAACAGCGGGGUUUCAACAACCGAUUUUAAAGGAACCAUGUAUUAUGGUGUGUUGGAAGAUAUUCUGGAGCUGUGCUAUAUAAAAAAAUGCAAGGUUGUUUUGUUUAGUUGUAAAUGGUACAAAACCGAUAAACAAGGUUGUGUCACCAAGAGUAACAUAACGAGUAUUUGUACUCGGUAUGAAUGGUAUAAAGAAGAGCCAUAUCUUCUUGCAACGCAGGCAAAUCAAGUCUUUUACCUUAAUGACCCGGUUAAAAGAAAAGGUGCAUCUGGAAAGUAUUGGAAGGUUGUCCAAGAGGUUCAUCAUCGGAAGAUUUGGGAGCGAGAUAUCAACGCAGGUGAUAUUGAAGUGGAUCUUUUACAUGGCAGCAAUUCAUCUGAUAUUUUGUUGUCGGCUAACUUGGAUAAUGUGCCAUACACGGGUUUGAGUAGUGGCGAACCAAUAAUAAUUGAAGAUGCUCCCGCUAUGGAAAAUGCCAUGGAAGAUGAUCUGCUAGACGAUUGUGACGACACAGAUGAUGGUGACACCGACGAUGAUGACAUAGAUGAACACACAGACGACGAUGUGGAUAAUGAAUGUGAACCACACGUGGAUAUUAGUUAUGAUUCUGAUUGA